AUGAGGAGGGAGAAUCAGAGCAGCGUGUCUGAGUUCCUCCUCUUGGGGCUCCUCACCCAGCCAGAGCAGCAGGGCGUGAACAGGCCAGUUGCCCUGUUCCUGGGCAUGUACCUGACCACGGUGCUGGGGAAGCUGCUCAUCACCCUGCUCAUCUUGCUGGACUCUCACCUCCACACCACUAUGUACUUCUUCCUCAGCCACUUGGCCCUCACUGGCAUCUCCUUUUCAUCUGUCACUGUCCCUAAGAUGCUGAUAAACAUCCAUACUCAGGAUCCAUCCAUCCCCUUACUGGCCUAUGACAGCUACAUGGCCAUUUGUCAUCCUCUCCACUACACUGCCAUCAUUCAAGAAAACCUGUGCAUCUUACUAGUGGCUGUGUCCUGGUUAUUCUCCUGUAGCAGUGCAAUGUCCCACACUCUCAGCCUGGCCCAGCUGUCCUUCUGUGCUGAGAACACUAUCCCUCAUUUCUUUUGUGAUCUUGCCGCUCUGCUCAAAUUGUCCUACUCUGACACUUCCAUCAGUGAGCUGGUCAUCUUCACUCUGGGGGCACUGGGAAUCAUCAUACCACUGACUGGCAUCCAGGUCUCUCAUGUCCACCUUGGGGUCUCCAUCCUGAAGUUUCCCUCUACCGAAGGAAUCUGGAAAUCCUCGUCCACCUGUGGCUCUCACUUGUCUGUGGUAUUCCUUUCCUAUGGGACAAUUAUGGCUCUGUACAUUUUCCAAUCAUCAAACAACUCCCAUGACAAAGACAUAAUUGCUAGAGUAAUGUAUACAGUAGUCACUCCCAUGCUGAACCCUUUCAUCUACAGUCUGAGUAACAGAGACAUGAAGGGGCCUCUGGGGAGAUUUUUCAGGAGGAAGAUCUUUUUCUCUAACACAAUCUAA